CCCCAAGUCCCCCACCGGAACAGCGAGCGCAAGAAAGGUCGAACCGUCGAAGCGUCGUCUCUUCCGCACGGAGCCCUCGUGCCCGAUCAGAAAUUCAGAAAUCAGAAGCGAGGAUGGCGACGACUGCGACUAGGCGGUGGUGGAGGCGGCACGACGGCGGCGACGAUGACCCCGACGACCUCGUUCCCAUGGACACCCAAGAGCAAGAGGAGCUGGUCCGGUCGCUGGAGGCGAAGCAGGCGCAGCAGAGCCGCCGUUGGAGGCGCGUCUUCGCGGGGUUCCUCCUAGGUUACGCGGCCUUCCUUGUCUACUCCAGUUUCCACCACGCUUGGUCUCCCUGGGAGCUGCGGUACCAUGCUUACUUCAUGGAAGAUUUGCCUGCACCAAUGGUCAUAAUUGCAGAUUGGAUAGCUGCUCUAGCAUGCCUAUUUGCUGUUAAAGGAUUACUACAGAAUUCAGGCCCAUCAAAGAAAUGGAUGUGGUAUUCGUGCUAUAUUGGCAUUUUGGUAGCUAUGUUUUGGACAUACUACAUAUUAAGGUUGCCAAGAAUUCGAUGGGAUGUUGCAUGGCUCCCACUCGGCCCUUUGAUGGCUGGUGCGCUGAGCCUUUAUGUGGACCAUGUGUUGCUGGAGUCAAUGCAAGAUAUCAGCACAUUGAGAAGCUACAUGUAUAACUUCAAGGCCUUGUAGUUCUGAGUAUAGUUUCCCUUGCUUCUGUGUAACAUGUGGAACAGGUUCUGGCCAUUUUUCGUUUUUUUAAGUGGCAGAGUUGUAGAGGUACCUUCUUACAUCUUACAUGGUGUGUUAACUUGAAUUUUUAACCUCAGUGACUAUUUGUGCAUCAUUUUUUGAUUAGUGGCGAGCGUGUGUACAAGCUGUGAUGUCAAAGGGCACCACAGCUGUUUGAAACA